AUGUCUGAUCAACCAGAUCAUACUCAACACAAACCUCACAAGGUGAACCUGAAUGACGCCUCGGGCGCAGAGAAGAAAGAGGAGCUCGAUACCUCUACUGCCAUCCUCAAGAAGAAGAAGGAGCCGAACGAGUCAAACUCCGUUACGGACGCCACCAACGAUGACAACUCGAUCAUUGCUCUUUCCAACAAUACGAUGGAGACGUUACAGCUCUUCAGAGGAGACACAGUGCUGGUCAAGGGCAAGAAGCGAAAAGACACUGUCCUUAUCGUCCUUGCCGAUGACGAUCUCGAUGAUGGGAGCGCACGAAUCAACCGUGUGGUCCGUCACAACCUGAGAGUCAAGCACGGCGAUAUCAUUACCGUUCAUCCCUGCCCCGAUAUCAAAUAUGCGAAGCGAAUUGCCGUACUUCCUAUUGCCGACACAAUCGAGGGUCUAACCGGAUCUCUCUUUGAUGUCUUCCUUGCGCCCUACUUCCGCGAAGCCUACCGUCCUGUCCGACAGGGAGAUCUUUUCACUGUUCGAGCGAGCAUGCGACAGGUGGAGUUCAAGGUAGUAGAGGUGGACCCUCCGGAGUAUGGCAUCGUUGCCCAAGACACUGUCAUCCAUUGCGAAGGCGAGCCCAUCCAGCGAGAGGACGAGGAAGGAAACCUGAACGAGGUCGGCUACGAUGACAUCGGUGGUUGCAGAAAACAAAUGGCACAAAUCCGGGAACUUGUCGAGCUACCGCUCAGACAUCCUCAGCUCUUCAAGUCUAUCGGUAUCAGGCCUCCCCGAGGUAUCCUCAUGUAUGGUCCACCCGGUACCGGUAAGACUUUAAUGGCCCGAGCGGUUGCCAACGGAACCGGUGCCUGCUUCUUCCUGAUCAACGGUCCCGAAAUCAUGUCAAAGAUGGCCGGUAAAUCAGAGUCCAACCUGAGAAAGGCCUUCGAAGAAGCGGAGAAGAACUCGCCGGCCAUUAUCUCCAUCGAUGAAAUCGACUCGAUUGCUCCCAAGCGAGAGAAAACCAACGGCGAAACGGACGGUAUGAAGGCUCGGUCCAAUGUUGUCGUCAUGGCUGCUACCAACCGACCAAACUCGAUUGAUCCUGCCCUGAGACGUUUCGGCCGUUUCGAUCGCGAGGUCGACAUUGAUAUUCCUAAUCCCACCGGUCGUCUUGAAACUCUUCAGAUCCACACCAAGAACAUGACGCUGGCCGACGAUAUUGAGCGGGAAUCAAUUGCCGCAGAAACUCGUGGUUACGUCGGUUCGGAUAUUGCCUCUCUCUGCUCGGAAGCCGCCAUGCAACAGAUUCGUGAGAAGAUGGAUCUCAUCGAUCUUGAUGAAGAUACCAUUGAUGCUGAGGUUUUUGACUCCCUCGGCGUCACCAUGGAGAACUUCCGAUUCGCUCUGGGCGUUUCCAACCCAUCCGCCCUCCGCGAAGUUGCCGUUGUCGAAGUCCCCAAUGUCCGCUGGGACGACAUUGGUGGCCUCGAGGGUGUCAAGCGCGAACUCAUCGAGUCCGUCCAGUACCCUGUCGACCAUCCAGAGAAAUUCCUCAAGUUUGGGCUUUCACCAUCUCGUGGUGUCCUGUUCUAUGGUCCACCAGGUACUGGUAAGACUAUGCUUGCCAAGGCUGUUGCCAACGAAUGCGCUGCAAACUUUAUCUCCGUCAAGGGCCCUGAGCUGUUGAGUAUGUGGUUCGGUGAAUCCGAAAGCAACAUCCGAGACAUCUUCGACAAGGCUCGAGCAGCAGCACCUUGCGUUGUCUUCCUUGAUGAACUAGAUUCCAUUGCCAGGUCGCGGGGUGGUUCCGUUGGCGGUGCCGGGGGUGCAUCUGACCGUGUCGUCAAUCAGCUUUUGACCGAAAUGGACGGCAUGACCUCAAAGAAGAAUGUGUUCGUCAUUGGCGCCACCAACAGACCGGAACAGCUCGAUAAUGCCCUUUGCUAUGAAGCCUCGCGUGCUUCCAUUCUGCGAGCUCAGCUUCGCAAGACCCCUGUCGCUCCAGAUGUCGACAUUGACUACAUUGCUAGCAAGACCCACGGUUUCUCGGGUGCCGACUUGGACUUUGUCACCCAGCGUGCUGUCAAGCUCGCCAUCAAGCAGUCCAUUGCUGCCGAUAUCGAGCGUCAAAAGGAGCGUGAAGCCGCUGGCGAAGACACCAUGGACGAGGACUUGGAUGACCCAGUCCCAGAACUCACCAAGACUCAUUUCGAAGAGGCCAUGCAAGCUGCUCGACGAUCCGUCAGUGACGUUGAGAUCCGCCGAUACGAAGCCUUUGCCCAAGCCAUGAAGCAGAGUGAUGGCAGUGCUUUCUUCAAAUUCCCAUCUGCUGAAGAGACUGCUGCAGCUGCCAACGGCAAUGGUUUCGGGGAAGCCGGCAACGACGAUAGCUUGUACGAUUAA